AUGGGUGUUUGUGUGACAAAAAUGGAAGCAUAUGAUCAUUUGAAAGUGGUAGGAUUUAUCAAGGGUUAUAAUAAUUGGAUAGCACAUAGAGAACUUUCAAACUACAAUGAAGCCACAUCUAAUUCUGAAAAUACAUCAACUGGGGUUUCAAAUGGGACUAAUGACAUGCAAGACUUGGUCCAUGAUGUAUUUGAGAUACCACAUGGAACAAAUGAAUUGAAUAGAGAAGGGGACAUUCCUGUUUCAGAGGCUGAAAAAUUUUACAAAUUGAUUGAUGAUUCUCAACAGGAUUUGUACAGGGGUUGCAAAAAUUUCUCGAAAUUGUCUUUCAUUAUUCGUUUGCUUCACCUAAAAUGCCUGGGUAAGAUGAGUAACAAGAUUUUUAAUAUGCUUGUUGAGCUGUUGAGAGAAGCAUUUCCAGAGGCCAUGACUAAUUUGCCGUCUUCUUACUAUGAGGCUGAGAAAUUGAUGAAUACAUUGGGGUUGGGUUAUGAAAAGAUCGAUGCAUGUCCUAAUGAUUGUUCUCUUUAUUGGGGUAGUGCUGAGAAAAGGACUUCAUGCGAAACAUGUAACGAGCUUAGGUGGGUUGCUUCAGAAAAUGAUCCAACUGGGGAAAAAAGGAAAAUUCCUCAAAAAGUGUUGUGGCAUUUUCCCUUAAAACCUAGAUUACAAAGACUAUUUAUGUCUUCUAAAAUUGCAUCUCAAAUGAGAUGGCAUGAGGAAAAACGUACAAAAGAUGGUUGUAUGAGACAUCCAGCUGAUUCUCCAGCUUGGCAAACUUUUGACCAUCUACAUCCAGAAUUUGCUAAGGAUUGUCGAAAUGUUAGAUUGGGGUUGGCAUCUGACGGGUUUAAUCCAUUCAACAACAUGAGUUCUACACACAGUACUUGGCCUGUAGUUUUAAUACCAUAUAACUUACCUCCGUGGAUGUGUAUGAAGCAACCGUACUUCAUGUUGUCCUUGUUAAUACCCGGACCAUCCUCUCCUGGGAAUAAUAUUGAUGUUUAUCUACAGCCUCUAGUUAAAGAAUUGACCGAAUUGUGGGAUUUUGGCAUUCAAACUUAUGAUGCAUCCCAAAAAGAAAAUUUUCAAUUGCAUGCAGCUCUGUUGUGGACCAUUAGUGAUUUCCCUGGAUAUGCAAUGUUAUCUGGCUGGAGCACUAAAGAUAGUAAGCAUAAAUUUAGAAAGCAAGCCCAAUUCUUUGAUGGCACCGAAGAACAUGGAAAGCGACCACCAUUGCAAACCGGGGAUAUGAUUGUGAGUGAAUUGGGAGACUUGCAAAUUAAAUUUGGAAAACUUGUGAAAGGUAAUCCGAAGCUGCCUUUCAAUUGGAAAAAGAGGAGUAUUUUCUUUGACUUGCCAUAUUGGAAAGAUAAUGUCUUAAGACACAAUCUUGACUUCAUGCACAUUGAGAAGAAUGUUUGUGAAAAUAUUUGGGGGACAUUGCUGGAUAUUGAGGAUAAAGCAAAGGACCAUUAUAAUUCCCGCCGUGAUUUGAGAGAAAUGGGAAUAAGAAAAGAGCUGCAUCCCAUUGAGACAGAACCUGGAAAGGUGUACUUACCUCCAUCUUCCUUUGCAAUGGAUAAAAAACAGAAAACUAUGUUUUGCAAUGUGCUAAAAAAAGUGAAAGUUCCAGAUGGUUAUGCAGCUAAUGUCUCAAGAUGCGUUCGAGUAAAACCACCAAGAAUUUCAGGGCUUAAAAGUCAUGAUAAUCAUAUCCUAAUGCAGCAAUUGAUGCCUAUAGCUUUGAGAAAGACUUUGCCAAAAUCAGUGCGCUAUCCUUUGAUUCGAUUGAGUAGAUACUUCAGGCAGCUUUGUUCUAAAGUUAUUUGUCCUCAAGAUGUGGUUCGUUUGGAAAGUGAAAUUGCCGUCAUACUCUGCGAUCUUGAGAAAUGCUUCCCACCAACCUUCUUCGAUGUCAUGGUGCAUUUAGUUGUUCAUUUGGCAACUAAAGUGAAAUUAGGUGGGCCGGUGUAUUAUCGUUGGAUGUAUCGUAUAGAGAGGCCUGAAGGUUCGAUUGCUCAAGGCUACUUGGCAGAAGAAUGCAUUAACUUUUGCUCAUUGUAUCUUGCGGACUAUGUUGAGACAAAAUUCAAUCGUCCAAGCAGAAAUGAAGAAGUACAUAAGGAAAUUGAAGAUGGUUUAGAUAUAUUCUCUGAAUCAGGACAUCCUUUGGAGAGGGGCAAGCCAACAGUCUUUGAUGCUCAUAUCAUGAGUAAAGCACAUCAGUAUAUUUUAUUUAAUUGUGAUGCUGUCACACCUUACAUAGAGCAGCAUCGUAGAUUGAUAGAAGAAGGACAUCCUCAAAUUCCACAGCAUCUAAAAGAGCGCUUGCACAGCGAAAAUUUUGCGUGUUGGUUUGCUGAACAUAUUGACAAGUUAGAACUUCCUCAAAAUGUUUCGGUGUUGAGAGAGUUGAGGUUCCUUGCUAAAGGUCCAGAUGUUGUUGGAAUCCAACAUGACAGGUAUGUUGUUAAUGGAUUUCGGUUUCACACCAAAGAAGUUGAGAAGAAAAGAAAAACGCAGAAUAGUGGUGUUACAGUCAAUGCAACAACAUCCAGUUUUGCAAGUAUAAGGGAUCAAAAUCCAGUUUUGAGUGAACUAGUUUACUUCGGCGUCUUGAAAAAUAUGAUUGAAUUAAUUUACGGAGGUCGUCGGGUGGUGUUAUUCGAAUGUGAUUGGAUAUCAAAUGGUUCGAGAAUGAAACAAGAUGCUGAUGGGUUUACUUUAGUCAAUUUUGCAAACGUGAGGCCUCAUGUUGAGCCAUUUAUACUCGCUUCACAAGCAUCACAGGUUUUUUAUGUGGAAGAUCCAACUGAUAAGGAUUGGCAAGUGGUUAUCUCUACCACUGCAAGAGCUGGAUAUAACAUGGGCACAACUAUGGAUGUUGAGACAUAUUUGCAAAGUGAUGUUGGCAAUCCUGUUGUUGAGAAUGAAAAUGAGGAAAUUAGUUGGGUUCGUAAGAAUGGACUUGGGAUUGAAGUUGAUUUGUCCCAAUAUAAUUUGAUUUAG